AUGGAAGGCGCGGGGCCCCCCUCGGACGUGCGCCUGUGCGGCUACCUGCGGAAGCAGAAGUCCCAGCGGCGGCGCUACUUCGUGCUGCGCAGCGGCCCGGCUCGCCUGGAGUACUACGAGAGCGAGAAGAAGUUCCGCGCGCCCAGCUCGCGCCCCAAGCGCGCCUUCCCGCUGGCCGCCGCGCUGAGCAUCAGCAAGAGGGCCGACGCCCGCCACAGGCACCUCCUCGUCCUCUGCGGCCCCGACGGCACCUUCGGCGUGGCCGCCGAGGACGCCGAGCAGCAGCAGGCCUGGUUCGCCGCCCUGGUGGAGCUGCACCGCGAGGGAAACGCCCCCCUGGAGGGAGAGGGAGACUCCGCCACGCUCUCCGGCCCGACCUUCAAGGAGGUCUGGCAGGUGAGCCUCCGGCCCCGAGGUCUGGGCCACACCAGGCAACUGGCCGGCACCUACCUCCUCUGCCUGACGGACAAGACCAUCAGCUUUGUGAAGCUGAACACGGCCGUGGCCGCCGUGGUCUUGCAGCUGCUCAACGUCCGGCGCUGCGGCCACUCGGAGAAUUUCUUCUUCAUGGAGGUGGGCCGCUCGGCGGUGACGGGCCCUGGAGAGCUCUGGAUGCAAGUGGACGACCUGGUGGUGGCGCAGAGCAUGCACGAGACCAUCCUGGAGGCCAUGAAGGCCCUCAGCGAGGAGUGCCGCCUCCCCGGCAAGAGCCCGGCCUCCACCCCCAUCUCCGUGCCCUCUCGCCACCAGCAGCCCCCCGGGGCCCCCCCGCCAGGCCAGGCGGCUUUCCCCUGGAGACCUCGCCCCCCGGAGGGGAUGCUCGCCUUGAGCCGGAGCCCCGUCCCCCCGAGGCAAAAGGGGGCGAGGCCGCAGAAGCCAGGCUCCUUGAGCGACUACAGCGCCGUCUCCUCGGAUGAGGGGGGAUCGAGCCCGGGGGAUUCGCACCCACCCCACACUCCAGACCAGCUGAGCGACCUGGUGGCAGACUACAUUUCCAUGGGCAAGCUGGCUCGGCCGGACGGGCCCGGCUUGGCCAAGUGGGGGCCCAACAAGAGGGCCUCGCUGCCCCCCCUGGCCCUGGAGAAAGACAGCCUGCCCCCCUGGAAGCUGACCCUCAAGCCGGUAGCUGCCUCGGCCAGUUACCCUGAAGGACUCAACCGCAGCGCUGAGCCCGGCUACAUGGCCAUGCUGCCUGGCGUGACCGAGGGCCAAGCCUACCUCCCCAUGACCCCAGGCAGCAUCUCCCCUCCCCAGGAGAGCGGGGGCUAUAUGCUGAUGUCCCCCAGCGGGAGCUCCUCUCCAGACGGGCCUGGCCAGGGCGACUACAUGAACAUGUCUCCCUUCAGCCGCUCCGCCUCCAGCACCCCUCCGGAGUACAGCCCCCUGCUGGCCCCGCCCUUCUACUCCCUGCCCCGCUCCUACAGGCAUGGGCAGAGGCCCUUCUCCUUCCCCUUCCACCCGGGACGCCUCUCCAGCUCCUCUUCCGCCAGCUCGGACAGCCUGGAAGAACUGGCGGGCACUUUGGCCCGGCCCCCUCUGAAGCUGCUUGUGGGGGGAAGAGGCACACUGGCAGCACCCCACAGCUCUGGGGAGUACGUCAGCAUUGAAUACGACCCCAGAGCCCCCGGCUGCGCCCACCUGGAACGCCAAGCUGUGUCGGCGGAGGCCAGCGAGGGGGUGGGGCCUGCUGGCGAUGGUGCGACGGUGCCAGUGACCUGCCCUGUGCAAGCAGAGGCUCAAGGAAGGCAGCACCAGGACUCCGAGGCGGAGUGGAGCGGAGGGCAGCCGCAUGAGGCCCAGACUGAGCUGGGGCUGAAUUAUAUUGACCUCGACCUGGUGAAGGAGGCCCACGCAGAGGGGGGCCCCACCCUGUGUGCUGCUGCUGCCCCCAGCCAGGGCGGGGCCCGCCACACGUACGCCAGCAUCGACUUCCACCGCCCGUGAGAGCUGCGUGGGG